AUGGAUCCUGAGGACGAACCUGAGUUGCUCCUGACUGACUGGGACAUUGGAGAUUAUAAAGAACAGGAGGAAGAGGAGGGUGAGAGUGAUGUGGGGACAGAGGGGUCAGACGGUGCAGAGCGUGGGAUUUGUGGGGUGUGGUGGGUGGUAGGCUGGGUGUUCGCUCAGCCCGUGGCCAGCGGAGUCAUUUUAGGGGCGGGGUUCCUGCUUCCGCUCGGCCUGUCCGCCUACAUGUUUUUCCGCUGCGCCCCGCUGGACAUCGACCUCUCCUACAGCGCGUUCGAAGUGCGGAGCCACCCUUCCGCCGAACGUUUCGACGCUCUCGCCGUAGCUCUGAAAAGCCAGCUGGGGUCCUGGGACAGGCACAGGCGUGACGCGGACGACUACGACUCCGGCGCGCUGAGAGACCUGCUGCUCCUCAAGCUGAACCGACAGGCCUCCCCCGUGUCAGCCGGCGACAAACAAACUCCAGGGUCUCCGAGGAGCGCUGGGGCUGAGAAACAAAAAAGAAAAGCAGGCGCCAUUCAGGACGCGGAAGACAGAGGAGAAAAGGAAAGGAGGAAUUCUGGGAAAAAGAAGGAUGGAAUGACGGGAGGGGAACGGAAGUCUACAAAUGUGACGGAGUCUGGACUUUCCUCGGGGAUCGGCGAGACCAACGCGACAGAAGAGCCCCGGGACCGCGGAUCCCCUCCGGUCCGAAAACGCAGGUUCGCGUCGGGUUCUCCAGGUUACUCCUACCUGCAGACCCAGGCUCUGUGGAGGAUGGAGCUGGUGUUUGUGGCUCAGGGUGGAGGAGAAAACGACAGCAACAUCUUCACGGCCGAGCGUCUUCACACCAUCCAUCACGUGGAGAAGCUUCUCAUGCAGCACCCCCAGUACCACCAGUUCUGCUGGAAACCUCUGGAAGCUCUGAGAGAUCUUCCGCUUGGACCAUCCUACUGCUCCCCGCCGAGCUCCCUCCUGUCCUACUUGUUCCCCAGCGAGCGCGGCGGGAAAAUCUACUACGACGGCAUGGGCCCGGAUCUGGCCGACAUCCACGGUGCUUUGAGUCUGGCCAUAACCCAUCCACAGUUCUACUGGUACGUGGAUGAGAGUUUGACUCCAGACAGCCUUCACUCCUCUCUCCUGCGGAGCGAGAUUCAUUUCGGAGCUCCGCUACCCUCUUUCUACUCCCUACAGGAUCGACCGCACGAGCAGAGGCAGCGAUUCCGCGACUUUGUGGUUCAGUACGGCAAUAUUCUGGCACGUCAGUCCACCAGUAAGGUGAAGGUGUUGUAUGGAGGAACUGAACUGUUUGAUGAUGAAGUCAGGAGGACCUUUCACAGCGACAUGUUGUUGGCUCUGUUCAGUGGAGCCUGUAUAACUGCACUGGUCUACAUUCUCACCUCCUUCUCAGUGUUUCUGACGUUCUUUGGCCUGGCCAGCAUUGGCCUGAGCUGCCUGGUGGCGCUGUUUCUGUACCAUGUGGUGUUUGGGGUGCAGUACCUGGGCAUCUUAAACGGAGUCGCGGCUUUCGUCAUCAUCGGCAUCGGAGUGGAUGAUGUCUUUGUGUUCAUCAGUACGUUUAGACAGGCAGCUCACCUGGCACAACCGGAGCAGCGUAUGAUCCACACGGUGAAAACCGCUGGGCGAGCCACCUUUCUCACGUCCUUCACCACGGCCGCAGCCUACGCCGCCAACACCUAUUCACAGAUCCCGGCAGUGCACGACUUUGGUCUGUUCAUGGCACUGAUUGUCAGCUGCUGCUGGCUUUGGGUGUCUGUUCUGAUGCCUGCUGCCCUCUGCAUCUGGAGCCAGUGUGUGGCAAGCAAGGAGAACACCUGUCCAAAAUGGUGGGAGGUCCUGACCAAGCUGUCUGUCACACCCAGCCCGCUCUCAGAUGAGGACGACGAUGUUGCCCUGUUGACCGUGGAGGCGGAGCCAGAGGCCUGUGACGUUGACCCCGACGUUUCCUUGCUGUCCAUCACCAUGGAGACCCCCGUGUCAAUCAAUCGAGAGGGGGGAGUGGGCGUGGUCAGUGCCCAUCUCCAGAGAACACUGCGGCACUGGGUGGCCGAACCAGUGGUGGAGAAUCGCAAAACCAUUAUAGCCGUGUAUGUGUUUACUCUGAUGGUGUCAGCCUACUGCUGUUCUCUCCUGCGGCCUGCGAGCCACGCCCCUCUGCUGUUCCGGCGAGAUACAAACCUCCAGACACUGCUGGAUCUCCGCAGCAACCUGAGUGGUCAGGGCAUCUCUUGCCAUAUGUGCUCAGGUGUGUUCAUGGAGAGGCCUCAUUCCUUACUCAGUGCCUCUCAUUCGCUGACCUCCAUGGCCGUCAAACACCUGCCGAGCUCCUCAGACCCACCCCAGCACAACCAGUCCAAACUGGGCUCUGUGGGCACAAGCUCCUCCUCAAAACAAGCAGCAGCUGGUCUGUUGACAGUGUACGUGUUCAAAUUGGACACAGGCUCGGCCGUCACCCUCUACCGUUUCUCUCUGAAUGCCAGCGUGCCCGCUCCCUGGCGGGCACUGACACCUGGGCACGGAGAGGUGCCGUCUUUUCAGGCAUACAGCGGUCCCUAUAGCAACUUCAGCACACGGAUGACGGUGUGUGUGUCGCACGCAUACCACCCACACCCGCGCUGGAUGCUCACUUCGCGGUCAUGUGACCCACGCCAUGGCUGGAAAACUGAGUUCAACUUCUACGUUGCCUCAGCUGAGCAACUACACAGCAGGAAGCUGUAUUUUGCCCAACACACACACAGUCCUUACCCAAGUCGUGUGUGUGCAGAACCACCGGGGUGUGUAAUUAGCUCUGGGCCUGAUGGACCCACACAGGGAAGCUUCUACACACCUUUACCUCAAGCAUCCACACCUCCCAAGAUCUCCAAAACCUCAGGUUUUAACCCAUGUGGUGGGGGUGGGUGUGGGAAGCCAGCAGUGCGCCCUCUUGUGGACACAGGGGCUAUGGUGUUUGUAGUGUUUGGGAUCCUGGGAGUGAACCGCACUCAGCAGGCUGAUAACCAUGUCAUUGGAGAUUUGGGGAACGCGAUCUACGAUCCCGAUUUUGACCUGUUCGCCGAGAUCGGCCAUUUGUGCACACUCUGCAAAACGAUCAGUGCCAACAAACAACUCGUCAAGCCUGGAGGAGCCCAGUGUUUACCCUCAGGUAACAGUCUGUCCUCCAUCCUUCCUCUCCUCCAUCCCGAGUGUCACUCUCUCCCUGAGCCCAACCUCCUCCCAGGACAGCUAUCCCAUGGUGCCGUGGGGCUGCAGGGCGGGAGAGUGCAGUGGAUAUCUAUGGCAUUUGAGUCUACGACAUACAAAGGGAAGUCUUCUUUUCAGACCCACUCGGAUUUCCUCCAAUGGGAGACCUUCCUGCAGGAGCAGCUCGAUCAGCUCCCACAAUCCUCUGCUCUGCGGCGGGGGUUCCAAACCUGUGAGCACUGGAAACAGAUCUUCAUGGAAAUCAUAGGUGUGGAGAGCGCCCUCUGCAGUCUGCUCCUGUCCUUGGCCAUUUGUGUGACGUCCGUCUCUGUCUUCACCGCCCACCCCCUACUGCUGCUACCUGUCCUGCUCAGCAUUCUGGGUGUGGUCUGUCUAGUGGUGGCUGUCAUGUACUGGUUGGGCUGGGAGAUGGGGGCGGUGGAGGCCAUCUCUCUCUCCAUCCUGGUCGGCUCCUCUGUUGACUACUGCCUGCACCUGGUGGAGGGAUAUCUGCUGGCAGGAGAGGUCAAACAGCCAGAUCUAGCCAAUCACAACGCGGGCCCGUCGGGGGAACGGAUACGGCGAAGCCUGGAGGCUGCCGACCACGUGGGCGUUGCCAUAGUAUCCAGCGCUGUUACCACGGUGAUCUCCACGGUCCCUCUCUUCUUCUGCGUCAUCGUGCCUUUCGCCAAAUUCGGCCAGAUCGUGGCCAUCAACACCGCCGUGUCCAUUCUAUUCACGGUUACCGUGACCACGGCCUUCCUGGCCUCCGUGGGACCACCAGACUUUGUCCGACCCCCCAGGUCUGUGCUCCGAGCCAGCCUGGUGACUCUGCUCGCUGUGGGCUCUGGAUCUCUGCUCUGCUGGGCUGGCUUACAGCUCACUCCUGCCACUUGGCAAGCUGUUUUCACCUAAGACUGGGAGCAGAGAGGCGGGUGGAACAAUGAGGCUGAGAGAGAGAGCGAAAGAGAGAGAGAGAGAGAGAGAGAGAGAGAGCUGGAUGUGUGUUCCAGAGGUCUUUAAGCUGAGGUUUCAGAUGUUACCAAGUCUCAUUUCAAUAAAAAAAAAAUGCGCUCUGAAACAGAAAUAGAAAAAAAAAAAAAACAAGGGGAAGAAGCUGCACUGAAUUCUGUGAAUUCAUUUUGUAAAUUCAAGAGGAGAACAGAGAGAGAUCGUGA